AUGAGCUUCCUUUCGGUUGUUUCUCCUUUUGCUCUCUUCAUUCUUUGUUGUCGUUCUUUGAUUCACGCUCAGCAACCCUAUGUGGCGAAAGCUACGACAAAUUGUUCGAACACAGCAGAUUCUGCUCUUGGGUAUUCUUGCAAUGGCCUAAACAAGAGUUGCCGAGCUUAUCUCGUCUUCAGGUCCCAACCUCCCUACACAACUGUUGCCUCCAUAUCAACUCUUUUGGGUUCUGACCCAUCUCAGGUCUCUGAAAUAAAUUCAGUUCGUGAGACUACAACAUUUCCAACAAACCAGUUGGUGAUAGUUCCUGUCAACUGCUCAUGUUCAGGUGAUUACUCUCAGGCAAACACAUCUUAUGUUGUUCAACAAGGUGACACUCCUUUCUUGAUUGCUAAUAACACCUAUCAAGGCCUCUCAACCUGUCAAGCUAUUCAGGAUCAAAAAAGUACAGGAACUGUCGAUAUAUUUCCUGGUGAAACACUCACUGUUCCUCUUAGAUGUGCCUGUCCUACAAAGAACCAGAGUGAUUUAGGUGUAAGGUAUCUAUUAAGUUACUUAGUCGCUCCGGGAGAUGCAGUUUCAAUUCCUAGCGUACGAUUUGGUGCAAAUACUGGGACAACUCUUGAAGCUAAUGGACUUACUGAGCAAAAUCCCACCAUUUUUCCCUUCACAACACUCCUAAUUCCUUUACAAAACCCACCAACGAGUUCUCAAACUGUAGCCCCACCUCCACCUCCAACUUCACCUCCACCUUCACCUCCACCUCCAUCACCAUCUCCAAACUCCAACAAAAGCUCAAACAAAACAUGGGUUUACGUUGUUGUUGGGGUUGUUGGAGGAAUUGUUCUUACUCUAAUCAUUGGAACCAUUAUUUUCUUCGUUUUCUUCCGUAAAAGUAAGAAGCAACCCAGUCCAGUUAUCGUAUCGCAAAGCUCUGAGGCACAUGAGAAACCACUCAACAAGAAGACGGAUGAAGAAUCUCUGGAAUUUUCUGAGAGUAUUUCCAGUAUAGCUCAAUCCAUAAAAGUCUACAAGUUUGAAGAUCUGGAAGCUGCAACAGAUAACUUCGGUCCCAGUUGUUGGAUCAAAGGGUCUGUUUAUCGUGGCCUAAUCAAUGGUGAUUUUGCUGCCAUUAAGAAGAUGAAUGGAGACGUGUCAAAGGAGAUAGAUUUAUUGAACAAGAUCAACCAUUCUAAUCUAAUUCGCCUCUCCGGUGUUUGUUUCAAUGAUGGGCAGUGGUAUCUGGUUUAUGAGUAUGCUGCUAAUGGACAAUUGAGUGAUUGGAUUUAUCAUAGCAGCAACGAAGGGAAGUUUUUGAACUGGACACAAAGAAUACAGAUUGCUUCAGAUGUCGCCAAGGGGCUUAACUAUCUACAUAUUUUCACUAACUAUCCCCAUGUCCACAAGGAUAUAAAGAGCAGCAACAUACUUCUUGACAGUGAUUUAAGGGCUAAGAUUGCAAACUUUGCCAUGGCAAGGUCAACAGAUGGGAUGGAAGGUGAAUUUGCUUUGACAAGGCACAUUGUUGGGACAAAAGGUUACAUGGCUCCUGAGUACUUGGAAAAUGGUCUCGUCUCUACGAAGCUUGACGUCUAUGCAUUUGGGAUUCUCACACUGGAGAUAAUUACCGGGAAAGAAGUUGCUGCUUUAUACAGAGAGGAAAACAGGAACUUAUCAGAUGUUUUAAAUGGUGUACUUUCUGGGGAAGAUGGGCUGGAGGAAAGUCUCGGUCAACUCAUUGAUCCUUCAAUGCAAGGGAAUUAUCCUUCAGGACUCGCUGUUUUAAUGGUCAGAUUGAUUGAUAGUUGCUUACAUAAAAAUCCAGCAGAUCGCCCGGCCAUGGACGAAAUCGUGCAGUCUCUCUCAAGAAUUUUGACUACUUCGCUGGCCUGGGAAUUGUCAAACAACAUAUCUGGCUACCAUAGUUCUAGUUAG